GGAUAAUAACUUUUAUAGUUUUGUACACGAGUCAUGAGAGAUAGAGUGAGAGGGAGAGCAGACGGACGUCGAACACGAUCGGCAAAGGCAACACUGAGUUAUGAACAUGAGAGACCACGAGGGAGAAGCAAUCAGAGGAGCUUUCGCACAGGGGAACAGAGAGGAUUGCGAGGGAGGGAAUCAGGUAUUGGGGAAACAUAUAACAGAGGAUUGUAUAAGCAAGCAACGCCAUACUUUUUCACCAACUUCCCAGAAGACUGGAGUUAUGCAGAGAUGUGGAAGACUUUCUGCAAAUUUGGAAGGGUAUUCGACAUUUAUAGCCCAAGUAGAAGAAGCAAGAAAGGUCGUAGAUUCGGAUUUGUGAGAUUUUUGGACGUAAAGGACAAUAAGGAGCUGGAGAGGAGACUUGACCAGAUAUGGGUUGGGGAAUUCAAACUAUGGGUGAAUAGUCCACGGUUUAGAAAUGUAAUUCCGAACAGGGGGGUGGAGCAACGGAUGGUACAAAAAGAGGAGCCAAACAGACAAAACAAGACGUAUGCGGAUGUGGUGAAAGGGCAUUAUGGAAGAGAAGUAAGAGGGGAGGCAGGGAAAAAACAGGAAGACAGCGGGAGUAGAAGCCACGGGAGGGAUGAUAGAAGAAACAACAGUGGAACGGACCUUCGAGCCGGAGAAAAAACUCUAAUCUGGAAGGAAAAAGGACGGGGGGAACAAUGGCCCGGUAUGGAUUACAAUGUAAAGGAAGAAGAAUAUGAAUGGCUAAAAGGGUGCUAUGUGGGGAAGGUGCAUUCCGUUGAAAUGGUUCGAAAUCUACAAGAAAAAUUCUAUAUGGAAGGCUAUUUUUCUUGUAGAAUCCGAGCAAUGGGGGGGAAGUUGGUGCUGUUAGACUGUGAUGAUAAAGAGGAAUUGAAAGACCUAGUAGAGAUGGCAUCAGAAUGGUUAGAACAGUGGUUUGAAGAAGUGAGCCCAUGGACACCAGAGAAGGUUGCAGAGGAAAGAUUUGUAUGGAUCAGGUGCCAAGGAGUCCCUCUUAAUGUAUGGAAAUCCGAAUUCUUUACUGAUAUGAGCUGUGCUUGGGGGAAGUUUAUCUGUCUAGACGAUAGCACCAGCCAAAAGAGGAGAUUCGACAUUGCUCGAUUCUUAAUAUCCACUCCGAUCAUGGGAUCAAUUUCUGUCAAGAGAUCUAUAAGGAUUAAUGGAUCCAUGUAUGUCAUCAAGUUCACGGAGGAGGAGUUCACCAAUGGCUUCUUUUCCUUGAAGCAGGAUUUCUUGCCUACAUUUCAGAGUGACUCAGAGGAACAGGAAUCCUGGAUGACGGAAAGUGAGGAGGGGGAUAUGGGGUGUGAUGGUGCAGAAGAGGCAUGGGGAGCCAUAGAAAGAACCAAGGAAGCUGAGGUUGAUGACGAUGACGUGGCAAGCUAUAGGGAGGUGAGUAACGGUAAAGCUAUAGCAAAAGGCCAUAGGGUAAGUGAGAUGACAGUAGAGGAGGUCCCUGACACCCUGCAGAAAAUUCAAACCGGGAGGGAAGAAAAAUUCAAAUCAAGGUGGGAGUAUUCGGGGGAAAGGAGUAGGUCAUUUAGUGCUCUGGCCGGGCUCAUGAAUGAGGAGGAGUAUCAAUUGGGAUUAAUUGAAACCAGCAAAGGGAUAUCUAUAGAGGAGUCCAAUAAGAAGAAUAAAACAACAACAGGGGAGGAGUCCGUUAAUGUGGAUCAGGCCCAAAGCUUCACUUUGAUGAAGGCCCAAAGCAAUAAAGACAAAAGAGCUGCAGAUAGACAUAAGGAAGUGGUGUCGGUGAACACCAAUAAUGAGUGCCAUGACCUUUGCGGAACAGGGCAGGAGAGGAAAGAAAAUGGAGUAGCAGAUCGGAAACAAGGAAGUGCAGAGGGGAUCCCAAAGAUGAGAAAGAGACGAAUCAGAACAUGCAGUUCGGUUUACUCGAGAGAGGGCUUCACACAACAAGGCCUGCAAGAAAGAAGGGGCCGAAGAGGAAGAUGUCGAGGCAGAGCAGAGAACAGAGUACAACCGGGUUUUGUGGCAAGCCCAACGGGUGAAGUAGCUGGUGAGUCAAUUGGGGACAGCUGCAUCCAAAAUUGCAAUAGAUCCAUCAAGAAGCAGAUGAAGAAAGACCUAGCCAAGGAAAUAUGGGAAAUCGCAAAGCAGCUGGGAGCAGUGGCCGAAAAUGAGGAAGAUAUAAUUCAAAGAUUGGAGGAAUUAGAGAGCAGAGACAACCGGGCAAAGACUGAUCGGGAAAAGAUCGGAACAGUGGCGAGAGAGGAGGUUUUUAAUAAACGUGAGCUUCUGGAGGGCAAUGGUUUUAUCGGAGUAUAUGGGGUGUGGGGGGAGGAAGAAGUACCAGUAUAUAUUGUAAAUAUAUAUGCCCCAUGUAAUGCAACUGGCAAAAGAAGUCUGUGGGAGGAGCUGCAGUGCUUGAUCUGUAAUAGGAGAGGAAGAUGGUGCUUAGGAGGGGAUUUUAAUGCCAUUAGAACAGCAGGGGAACGGCAUGGGUGUCGAGAAACAACUAGAGAAAUGAGGGACUUCAAUGCUUUCAUUCAUUCAGCUGAACUGAUAGAUUUACCAAUGGUUGGAAGGAAGUUUACAUGGUAUAAUUCAAAUGGGCAGCAAAUGAGUAGACUGGACAGAUUUCUGCUUUCAAAUGAAUGGAUGCUGAAUUGGGAAGAUGUUAAGCAGUGGGGUCUAAAAAGAACAAUUUCAGAUCACUGUCCUAUUUUACUGAAGAGGGAAAAGGUUGAUUGGGGGCCAAAACCGUUCAAGUUCUUUAAUGCUUGGAUGGACCAACCAGGGUGCACAGAGAUCAUCAGAAAUGCAUGGAAUUCCUGUGAAGUGAAGGGCGGGUUCGGUCUCAGAUUCAAAGAAAGGCUGAAAUCCACCAAGAAGGCUCUCAAAAUGUGGAAUGGAAGUUCAAUGACAAAUGUGGACAGGAAAAUCAUGGAAGCUGAAAAAGAGAUUGAGGAGGUAGAUAAGAAAGGAGAGAAUAGUCUGUUGACUCACAUGGAUAUUGAAAAAAGGAGAGGAUGCUUUAUUGAUUUAUGGAACAACUUAAAAAUCAAGGAGAAUAUGUGGCAACAGAAAUCAAGGAAAAUGUGGCUCAAAGAAGGGGAUGCAAACACCAAGUACUUCCAUAGAAGUGUAAAUGGAAGAAGAAGAAGAAAUGAAAUUUGUAGCAUUAUGAUUGAAGGGAAGCAACUCUCUGGAGUGACAGAAAUUAAGGAAGGGGUGGCUGAAUAUUUCCAGAAAUUAUUCACAGAAGAAGUGUGGCAACGACCAAAACUUGAUGGAAUGGACUUUAAGCAGAUAUCUCAAGCGGAUAACGAGUUCCUCACAGCACCCUUCAAUGAAGAUGAAAUUAAAAAAGUCAUCUGGGAGUGUGAUUCUUCUAAAGCCCCAGGCCCGGAUGGCUUCAACUUCAGAUUUAUGAAGUCCAUGUGGGAGGACAUUAAAACGGAGGUGAUUGGCUUCGUCAAGGAAUUCCAAGAGCAAGGCAGAUUAGCAAGAGGGUCUAAUGCUUCCUUCAUUGUGUUGAUCCCAAAAACCAAGAAUCCCCAAAGAAUUGAAGAAUAUAGACCCAUAUCCCUCAUUGGUGUUAUGUACAAGGUGGUUGCAAAAUUAAUGGCAAGCCGUCUAAGCAAAGUGAUGCACAAGAUUAUUGGGGAACAACAGAUGGCAUUUAUCAAGGGCAGACAGUUGGUGGAUGGAGUAGUCAUUGCAAACGAAGUAAUUGAUGAAGCGAAAAGGAAGAGGAGGAAAAGCUUUGUAUUCAAAGUGGAUUUUGAGAAAGCAUAUGAUAAGGUGUGCUGGAAAUUUUUAGAUUAUAUGCUGGACAGAAUGGCCUUUUGUGACACUUGGAGGAGGUGGAUCCAAGAGUGCUUGCAAUCGAGUAUGGUGUCAAUCUUAAUUAAUGGAAGCCCAACUCGACAAUUUCCAGUCACAAAAGGCAUUCGGCAAGGUGACCCCUUAUCUCCCUUCUUAUUCCUGAUAGUGGCAGAGGGACUUAAUGGAUUAAUGACAGCAGCUGUCGAGAAGGAGCUAUAUAAGGGUGUGGAUGUCGGAAAUGAUGCUGUAUCAGUUACCCACUUGCAAUUCGCGGACGACACCAUAUUCUUUGGGGAGGCAUCGGAGCAAAAUAUUAGGACAGUUAAGUGUAUCUUGAGGACAUUUGAAAUGGCGGCGGGGUUGAAAAUAAACUUCGGAAAAAGUCAGCUCAUGGGCAUCGGGGUGGAGGAUGAUUGGAGAAAUAAAAUGGCCUAUAGAUUAGGCUGUAAAGAAGGGGAAUUUCCGAUCAAAUACCUGGGGAUUCCCAUUGGGGGGAACCAUAGAAGGCUUAAAAUGUGGCAGCCAUUGCUAGAAUCUGUUAUGAAGAAACUGUCGAGCUGGAAAGGGAGAUAUCUCUCUCAAGGUGGUCGAAUUACACUUAUUAACUCAGUGUUGUCCAGCCUCCCCGUGUUCUUGAUGUCCGUCUACUUGAUCCCAAAAGGUACGCUUAAUUCAAUUGAUAAGAUUCGUAGGAAUUUUUUAUGGGGGGGAGAAGGAGGGGAGAGGAAAAUUAAUUGGGUUAAGUGGGAUAGAAUUUGCAAAGCUAAGGAACACGGGGGGCUCGGUGUGAAAGAUUUGAAUAAAUUUAAUUUAGCGCUAAUGGGGAAAUGGUGGAGUAGAUUAGCAGCAGAUGAAGAAGGGCUGUGGAAAAGGGUCAUUAGAGAAAAAUACGGAGGGGGAGGGGGGCAUUGGAAAACCUGGGUGAGAAGUGGAAAUGAUGGGGGUUCUUUAUGGUGGAGAGAUGUCCAAAGGAUUAAUAAUGCGGAUAGGGACAAUGCAGGGUGGUUGGCGGAGGGUUUUAGCCUAAAGUUGGGGGAAGGUAAAGAGGUGAGCUUUUGGUGGGAUGAGUGGUGUGGGGAACGCUGUCUUGCUAAUAUGUUCCCUAGAUUAUAUUUGUUGUCAACAGAUAAAGAGAAGAAUUGCUACGAAAUGGGGAAGGAGCUCAAUGGAACAUGGGAAUGGAACCUAAAGUGGAGAAGAAGGCUGAUGGAAUGGGAAGAGGAGUCGGCUCUUGAGCUAUCAAAUUUGAUCGAGAAGGUGAAAAUACAACCAGGAAUCACUGACAAAUGGGAGUGGGUGCACAAUAGGGAUGGCAAGUAUUCAUCUUCAUCAGCAUACUCACUGUUAUCAAAUACCCAGCAGAAUCCAAAUGAAAAAUUGUUCAGAAGAAUAUGGAACAACAAUAUCCCCAGCAAAAUUGCAGCAUUUAAUUGGAGAGUUGUGCUUGACAAAAUACCAACCAAAAGGAACUUGUUGAUAAGAGGAAUUGGCAGUGGUAUGGAGGACGGGAAAUGCAGCCUUUGUGCAGAGGAAGAAGAAGACGCAGCCCACUUGUUUUUGAGAUGUAAAGUGGCGAAGUGGAUCUGGAAGGAGUGUACUAAAUGGUGGGGGAUAUCAUUAAGGCUGGAGUCGGACUGCUGGAAAUCCUUCGAACACCUCCAUGCAUGGACUAAUGACAACCGACUCAAAAAGGGAUGGGAUUGCAUUUGGAGUGCAGUGAUCUGGUCAUUAUGGCUUUUGCGGAAUAGAAAGGUAUUUAAAGGCCAGGAAGCAAACAUGGAUUGGUUGUGUAAUCCUAUAGCUUGUCUUAUAGAUGGGUAAGAGUAAGCAUGGGUGUAGAAGAGUUUGAAAGAUAGGAGUAACAGAGUAGGCUUUAUAGUCUCUGCUAUUCUGUAACGAAUUUAGUGGAGUACUUCUUGUACAUCCACAAUAUCCUCAAUAAAUUACCUUUGCUGUG